CGGCGGGGCUUCUCUCGCCGCACCGCCAGCCUGUGUCACCAAAGAUGGCGAUUUGCUGAGUGCUCAUGGAGACGCACAUUUGGCGGCUAGCUUUCAUCCCGCCCGUCACGUCCACUUUUUAAAGCAAACUAACUGGCACUCAACCCUCUGAAAUAACACGCGGUUACAACCAUGAAGAUCAUACUAAAAACACUCCAACAGCAGACCAUUCAAAUCGAGAUAGACGCCGAACAAACGGUUAAAGCCUUAAAAGAGAAGAUAGAAGCUGAGAGGGGAAAAGACAACUUUCCCGUGUCUGGACAGAAGCUGAUAUAUGCUGGGAAGAUUCUUCAAGAUGACACGCAAAUUAAGGACUAUAAAAUUGAUGAGAAGAAUUUUGUCGUGGUGAUGGUGUCCAAGGUUAAGCCUGCAGCUGCGGGCGCGGAGCCUCUUGCUUCGGAAGCCCCCAAACUCCCUGCCCAGGAUGCUGGUUCAACGUCAACAUCUGUCCCGGCCUCAACCCCACCGUCAGCUCCAGCCUCGACUCCUGCAGCUACCCUCACACCCCCCGAGGAGACCAAGGAGGAGCCAAGUCCUACAGCAACAGAAACCCAACAACCAGCCAGUUCCAGUGGAGGUGGCCAGGGUUUGGACGCAUCCUCUGCAUUAGUGACUGGAGCAGAGUAUGAAGCAAUGUUAACCGAGAUCAUGUCUAUGGGUUAUGAGAGGGAGAGAGUGGUAGCAGCGCUACGGGCCAGCUUCAACAACCCUCAUAGAGCUGUGGAGUACCUUCUUACUGGUCUCCCUAGCAGUCCGAUCCAAGAGACGAACCCUCCUGCGUCCACUCCAGCGUCUGGACCCACUGAAGCUCCGUCUCUAGCAGAAGGAGAGAACCCACUUGCAUUCCUGCGGACCCAGCCCCAAUUUCUUCACAUGAGACAGGCCAUCCAGCAGAACCCAACUCUGCUUCCAGCUCUCCUGCAGCAGCUCGGCAGGGAGAACCCUCAACUCUUGCAGCAAAUCAGUCAGCACCAGGAGCUGUUUAUCCAAAUGUUGAAUGAGCCAGUGGGCGAAGGCGGCGAGGCCCCAGAGGUGGGAGACAUUGGGGCUGCGGGUGAGGAGGGCGCGCCUGUCAACUAUAUCCAAGUCACACCUCAAGAGAAAGAAGCCAUCGAGAGGCUAAAAGCGCUGGGCUUUCCAGAGGCCUUGGUCAUCCAGGCCUACUUUGCCUGCGAAAAGAACGAGAACCUGGCCGCCAAUUUCCUCCUCAACCAGGGCCUGGAAGACGACUGAAGAAGCCGAAGACCACCGCCUUCCCGCUCCCGCCCUCCCCUCAUCAAAGACUGGACCCCCGAUUCACUGUACAGCCACCAACCUCAGCUCCACCCAACAAAAUGGGGGAGAGCCGGAGGGGGGGGUAGGAUGGGGUCAGCUUAUGACGAUUUAAAGAAGAAAAAAAAAACGAGGCAAAUUUGUGCAGGAAUAAGUUAGCUCAUGGAAGGUAAAAAGUGGAAAAAUGGUUGAAUCCACGUGAAUUCCAAUGGAAUGUGUGGUCUUUGUUUGAUUUUAGAUGCGCUUGGUGAACACUAAAGGGGGGCUGAAGUUGCUGCGCUUGUUGUGUGCGUGCAGAUGUGAUACAGUUCCAAAACAAAACUACGUAAUCAGUUUGCAUGGCCUAAGUUUGUUAAUGCUGUAGCAACAUGUUGGGAGGUGGGCGGGAUGAACAGGCAGCAUUUGGUCUUCCCUUCUUCCUCACCUUUCUCCGUCCGCAAAGGCAGCAGCCAAUCACAAUCUUUUUUCUUUUCCUGUACCUUCAAAUCCUUUAAAAUGAACUUGUUAGCUCCGUUUGUAACUUUUGAUGUCAAUACAUUGCCCAGAAAACCUCUUGUGCAGAUUACAAACUUUACUUUUGUUCAAAAAUUAAGUUGUUGCUUAUAAGUAAAACAAAAGAAAAAAGAUAUUCUGGUCCAAAAGCUCAAGUAGCUUCAUUUAGUCCAUUUUAGGUAUUUAAUAACAGACAAUAGGUUUGUUGAAAACCUUUUUCACAUCUAUAUUUUAGUUGUGGACUAUAUUAAUUUUGCACACGCUGCUUGUGCAAGACAACAAACAAUGAUUCCAAAUUGCCUUCAUUUAACUGCUUAACAUGCUUCAGUGAAUAUUAAAAUAUAGUAAAUUCACUACACACAGAAAGGAACUCUUAAGAAUUUAUAUGAUUUUAAAAUUUGAGGAUUAGGUCUUAGUGACAAAAAACAAUUAGAGGAAAAGGUUCAAUUUUGCAAACAACUGGUGUCAAACUAAUUGCACCACAAUGCCAGUUGCCCCUAGGCCACUUCAUUUUACAUGACCCUGGAAUGUCUGGAAAUAAUUCAAGUUAAGUUAAGGUGCCAAUGAUUGUAACACACACACUAGGUGUGGCAAAAUUAACCUCUGCAUUUGUCAAUAAAAUAUUGAUAAAUGUAUUUCCAUUUGGGCAGAAAGAUAUGUAAAGUCUCCAAAUUCAAUAUUAUUUGAUACACCAAACUAUUUUAGGAGUACUUUUGUUAUUGAAAUCCUUUUCAAAUAAAAAUUUUACAAACGUGUUUGAAAUAUCUCAUCACCAGCAAGUUUUUAAUCAGUUUGCUUGGUAAUCAAAGCGGCAAUCAUGUACCGUAUUCCCAGACUAUAGAGCCACACCCACUCAAUAUCAGAAAAAGAUGUUUUCCAUAAAUUAGCUGCACCGGACUGUAACAGACAUUGUGCUGGAGUUAUUUACACAGACAGAUUUUGUAAAUGUUAAUUUAGGUAAAACGGUUGAGCAAACAAUACAGAAAUCAUUGUCACGGAACCACUAGCUAGGGAAGCUAACUCUCCAAUCGGCUAAACAGACUUAAAUGUUUUGGUGAAUUUUUGAAACUCAAAAAUACAAAAAGAAAUGCUAUUGUAACUUAAAAUGAUUAAAAAAGACACUUGUAAACAUGUUAGCGUAUUAGUUAUUGCUAACGACGCUAACUUGAUUACGAUAGCACGUACAAAUAUGCAUGAAAACACUCUUACAUAAUCACACAUGGGACGUUUAGUAAGUAAUAAUUGUUUCAGUUAUAUUGUAGAACUUAUGAAUGUUGCUAGGAGUGAUAAAUGAAGAAUCCAUACAAGUAAAAACGCUAUGUACGGACCAGGACUUCUACUUUAAAUUUCCCCUCGGGGAUUAAUAAAUUAUUUCUGAUUCUGAUUCUGGUUUAAGGCACAAUGUAAACAGCAAAACGGUGAGCAAAAUUGUCCAAAAACACAACAAACCGUUUGUAUGUAUUUGCUUAGUUUUUUUUGUUUUGUUUUUAAACUAUUUGCAGUUUUACCGUCAGCAGAGAAAAAAACAACAAAAUUACUCACACCGAAUUAUAAGCUGCAUGGUUCAAAGUGUAAAAAAAAAAAAGGCUUUUAGUCUGGAAUUUACGGUCGUAAUACGAAAAUUAAUUUGACGCCCCUGCUUGAAACUAAAUCUACUUAAGCUUAAUAUUUAAAAUGAUUAAGAUACAUCUGUAGUUUGCGUGUGACCCAGGCAACUUUUUAAAGAUUACAAUAAUCAAACCCCCCAACCUCCCUUCGUAAAAAAAUAUUUGAUCAACUUGCAGUUUUUUUGUUUUUUUUACGUCUGAGAUUAAUGUUAAAACACAUUUUCUUAUUAUUUUUCAAAAGGUGGAUACAUUUGGAACUUCAACUAUGGCUAAGCUAUUUACAAAACAAUCUCCUGCAUCGUACUGUACUUUCCAGCAGGAAGGGUUCUUCUUGGUACUCGGACACCUUUCAUGAUGUUUGUGAAAAGGGGGAUGAGUGCUCUUGUUGGACAAAGAUGAGGACGGUUUGUGCUUGACUGUCUUUACAGCAUCAACAUGAUCUUGGACUAUGCUUCUAUGCUACAUUAAAUAUCAACAGUCUUUCA